CCUCCAUGAUUAUCUCUUCCUCAUAUUAUUCCAUACAACAACAAAAUUGUAGUUUCUUCUACAAGAAAGAAAAUAAAAAGACAUGUUGGCUAUAUUUCACAAGGCUUUUGCUCACCCACCUGAGGAGCUUCAUAGUCCUUCAUCUUACAAUGGUACUAAGAGGCCUAAGCUUCCUGAGGAAACUCUCAAUGAGUUCCUUUCUCAUCAUCCUCAUAAAACUUUCUCCAUGACCUUUGGUGAUGCAGCUGUGCUUGCUUAUGUUCUGCCUGACCGACCUUACUCACUUCAUCAAAGGUUGUUCUGUGGAUUCGAAGAUAUAUAUUGCCUCUUCUUGGGGAACUUGAAAAACCUUUGUUCACUGAAUAAGCAGUAUGGUCUAUCAAAGGGCGCUAAUGAGGCCAUGUUUGUGAUCGAGGCAUAUCGUACACUUCGAGACCGGGGUCCAUACCCGGCUGACCAAGUUGUCAAGGAUCUUGAAGGGAGCUUUGCCUUUGUUGUCUAUGAUAGUAAGGCUGGAACUGUCUUUGCUGCACUGGGUUCUGAUGGUGGAGUUAAGCUGUACUGGGGCAUUUCAGCUGAUGGCUCUGUAGUGAUUUCUGAUGAUUUGGAGGUCAUAAAAGCCGGCUGUGCCAAAUCAUAUGCUCCUUUCCCAACAGGGUGUAUGUUCCACAGUGGGGGAGGAGGAUUGAUGAGCUUUGAGCAUCCAAUGAACAAGCUGAAGGCAAUGCCAAGGAUAGACAGUGAAGGGGCCAUGUGUGGGGCCAGUUUCAAGGUUGAUAAGUACACAAGGGUCAACAGCAUUCCUCGUGUUGGAAGUGAAGCUAAUUGGAGCCUUUCCGACUCUCAAUAACUUAGCUGCUGAAUCAUAUGUAUAUAUAUAAAUAUAUAUAUAUAUAUAUAUAUAUUCAUGUUGUGUGUCUGUCUCUCUCACCAUAACUAAAGUCUUAAACCACUGGUUUUGGGGUAUUUUGUGACAAAAAUUGUUGUUUCUUUAUUAACUUUUUUUUUGAAAAAUAUCACAAUUUUAAUAUAUAUAUAUAUAUAUAUAUAUAUAUGAUUUUAAAAGUCUUAUAUGACUUUAAAAAAUAUGGUAUUUUUCAAAUAAGUUAUUAAAAAAUAGCAGUUUUUUUUUUUUACAAAAGCCCCACACUAGACUAGCCUUUUUUUUCUAUGCUUUUUUUUUCUUUCUUUCUUACCUUUGCUUCUCUCUACGAAUGAAUGAAUUUAAUUUUCGAAUGCUCUUCAAAAA